AUGUCCGCAACCGCCUUCAGCACAUAUGUGGCACAGUCGUCUGUGUUCAUAAUUUCACGAGCACUUUUGUUCUUUGCGUCGCGGCGAUAUCUUCUCCAUCAUAUCUAUCACGACCUGCAAGACUUAUCCCCCAAGACUCACUCGGCUCCCGGUACCCCAGCCGUGGUUUUCGAUGCAGAUGGCGUGGAGCUGAACACUCUCCCUGCGCCCACGACGUCUCCGAACGUAGUGAACACCCCACGGAAACGACUCUUCCACUCGUUCCUAUCAAGAACACUGUUCUCGCUCUGUUUCUCGGAGAGUUGCAUCUUGUUCAUCCUGCUGGUGUGUCAAGGUCUAGACAUGUUUAACCCGAUGGUCCGACUACUUCACUGGAACAUCUCUCUUUACUUCCUCAUCAUAUCCAUCGUCCUCGUAAUACCCGUGUCUUACAGCCUUGUUCUCAGCAACUCGUCCAAUGCCCCUGGUGUCCCUUCGUCGCACCAUAAUGUGUUUUCGGCAAGUCUAGCCCUGUACCUCAUCCCCAAUAUCCUCACUCUCCUCGCUCUAUCUUAUGUCCCCCUGCCUGAUGGGAUGCCGACGCAUACAAUCAUGGCAUCGACUUUAUCUCGCCUCACCGUGAUAGGUACCGUGAUAAUAGGCGCACUGUCUGGCUUUGCGGCCAUAGACACGGCGUGGGACUUCUUCCCAGUGUUUUCCAAACAGUCCAGGUCGCACCCAACGGAUGAUGAGGUUAGGAAUGCGGAGUCUGGCUUGGGGAGGGUUCGAGAGGAUCUGGUCCGGCGACAAAAGGAGUUGAGGACACUCGAGGAGUCCAAGAAUCCCGAGGCACACUCAUCCCAUUGGCUUUACCGUGCGCUGCCGAGCUUCUCGGGCAACAGUGAGGCUUCAUCGCUUGCCCAGGAGAUCUCAGGACUACAAGCGCUGGAGUACGAAAUGUCACGCAAUCUGGAGACCCUGAAGCAGCGCCAGGCGAGUGCGAAGUUCUCGAAGACGGUUGCCGGACGACUGUUCAACUGGGGUGGCCGCUUGUUCGCCAUGUACUGCGUGUAUCGCAUCUUCAGCGUGAGAGCGUCGACGUCAACAAAUGCGGAUGUCGUCAGCCUUGUGCUUGCGCACCUGUUCUCCUUCCUACCCUUCGUGCACGUCGCACAAGGCCGCGUGGCCGUCAUUUCUCGUCAAAUCAGUCUUAUUCUUGUCGGCGUUAUCAUCUUGAGCUCGAUCCGUCGGAUCCUGCAGGGCGUCGCGCGGGUCCUCCGUGUGACCAGUCGCUCGCUCGGCGCAUCGCUCAUGAUGCUCAUGCUCGCGCAAGUGAUGGGCAUCUAUCUCCUCUCAACGCUCAUCCAGCUGCGCACGUCGUUUCCGCCACCACCCGCACGGCCAGACACCUCUGCAACCUCGGAGACGCUGUUCGCGACGCUACCCGAGUACCAGUUCUUUGGGACGCUCUUCGACGGGACGUUCCUCCUAUCGGCGGGUGUUGCCGCCGCCGCUCGGUGGUUCGGAGACAAGGUGGCUUCUGCCUCAUGA